UCGUUUUUGAUUUGUGAAAAAAGCGGAGAAAACCCCUUCUCCGUUGCUGAAAAUCCUGCACAAUCGAAACCGAAAAAUGGCGGAGAUGACGGUCGGCAACGAAACUCCUCAAAAUAACACCAUUUACAUCAACAACCUCAACGAAAAAAUCAAACUUGACGAGUUAAAGAAAUCGCUGCAAGCUGUGUUCUCGCAAUUUGGGAAAAUCUUGGAGAUACUUGCAUUCAAAACCCUAAAACAUAAGGGUCAAGCAUGGGUUGUUUUUGAGGAUGCUGCGUCUGCUACUACUGCCCUUAAGCAGAUGCAGGGGUUUCCGUUUUACGACAAACCUAUGAGAAUACAGUAUGCUAAAACAAAAUCAGAUAUUAUAGCAAAAGCAGAUGGCACUUUUGUACCCCGGGAAAGACGAAAGAGGCAUGACGAUAAAGGGAAGAAACGAAAGGGCCAACAUCAUGAUGCUAAUCAAGCGGCAGUAGGUGUAAAUCCUGCGUAUGGUGCUGUUCCUCCGUUAUCACAAAUACCAUACCCGGGUGGGGCUAAAUCUGGGAUGCCCGAGGCACCGGCCCCACCAAACAACAUUUUGUUCAUACAGAAUCUUCCUCAUCAAACAUCAUCGAUGAUGCUGCAAAUGUUGUUUGGGCAGCACCAAGGGUUCAAGGAAGUAAGAAUGGUGGAAGCGAAGCCAGGGAUUGCUUUUAUCGAGUAUGGAGACGAGAUGCAGGCAACAGUUGCUAUGCAUAGCCUUCAAGGGUUUAAGAUUAAUCCUGAGAGUCCUAUGUUGAUCACCUAUGCUAAGAAGUAGAUCAUUUACUUGUUUUUGUUUCCAUUAUUACUAGUAAAUCGACGUGAGAUGUUAGAUAUUUUCUGGGUUCUAAGACUCGUACUGUUGUAAAAUUACGUUCGGCAAGAUUUGUUACUACUUUAUGCGUCUUCUACUUUUAUUUGUUUGUAA